GGGCAUCGCUAACUCAUUCAGCAGCAGGAGACUUCAGGCUGCCAAUGCUCCAGGGAAGAUAACCCAGUGGAAAGAAGGUGGAUUUUACAGCCUCGGUCAGACGGAAUUUUGCAGAGCUGAGUGUGAGCUCCUCCCCUCACAGGACUGAAAAAGCCAGCUUAGGUUCCUCAGCCCCUCUUCAAGACAUUUGAUUAGGAAUUUGGGGGCGGGCCCUGGCCUGGCACAGGCUUGCACACUCUCCGUAGCCACUCACUCCUCUCUAGCCUCUCUCCCACAUUCUCCAACCCAAGGAGGCCAGGCAGAAGGACGUGGUCACUCCGAACGGUUCAACCCAAGAGACAAAAUGCAGUGGGCCUCCAUCCUGCUGCUGGCCGGGCUCUGCUCACUCUCCCAGGGUCAGUACGAUGAAGACUCUCACUGGUGGAUCCAAUACCUCCGAAACCAGCAGUCCACCUACUAUGACCCCUACGACCCUUACCCCUAUGAGCCCUCCGAGCCUUACCCCUAUGGAGUGGAGGAAGGCCCAGCCUAUGCCUAUGGUGCACCACCUCCACCAGAGCCCCGUGAUUGUCCCCAGGAAUGCGACUGCCCCCCCAACUUCCCCACGGCCAUGUACUGUGACAACCGCAACCUCAAGUACCUGCCCUUCGUGCCCUCGCGCAUGAAGUACGUCUACUUCCAGAACAACCAGAUCUCUGCCAUCCAGGAAGGUGUCUUUGACAAUGCCACAGGGCUCCUCUGGAUCGCUCUACAUGGCAACCAGAUCACCAGUGACAAGGUGGGCAGGAAGGUCUUCUCCAAGCUCAGGCACUUGGAGAGGCUGUACCUGGACCAUAACAACCUUACCCGGAUGCCCGGCCCGCUGCCUCGAUCCCUGAGGGAGCUCCACCUGGACCACAACCAGAUCUCACGGGUCCCCAACAAUGCUCUGGAGGGCCUGGAGAACCUCACAGCCUUAUAUCUCCACCACAAUGAGAUCCAGGAAGUGGGAAGUUCCAUGAGGGGCCUCCGGUCCCUGAUCCUACUGGACCUGAGUUAUAACCACCUUCGGAGGGUGCCCGACGGUCUGCCCUCAGCCCUGGAGCAGCUGUACCUAGAACACAACAAUGUCUACACCGUCCCUGACAGCUACUUCCGGGGGUCACCCAAGCUGCUAUACGUCCGGCUGUCUCACAACAGUCUCACUAACAACGGCCUGGCUACCAACACCUUCAAUUCCAGCAGCCUCCUUGAGCUAGACCUGUCCUACAACCAGCUGCAGAAGAUCCCUCCUGUCAACACCAACCUGGAAAACCUUUACCUCCAGGGCAACAGGAUCAAUGAGUUCUCCAUCAGCAGCUUCUGCACGGUCGUGGACGUCAUGAACUUCUCCAAGCUGCAGGUGCUCCGCCUGGAUGGGAAUGAGAUCAAGCGUAGUGCUAUGCCGGUGGACGCCCCACUCUGCCUGCGCCUCGCCAGCCUCAUCGAGAUCUGAGGGGCCUCGCCUUGGGCUCUGGGCUCUGGGUACCGGGCACCGGGCUCCGGGCACAUGCCCUGCCACCCCGCUGCAUUCGGCUUGAAGGUCUGGUUUGGCUUUUGCUGGAUGGUCUGGGACAAGCAUGUGACAGAAGUCCGCAGGAUCUUAUUCAGUCUCCUUCCAAUAGGCCAAGUUAGGUGAGAUCAGGGGUCAGGCCAGUCUCUGCAGGAGACGAAUGUGGUGGUAAAAGAAAUGGCCAUAGAGUCUAGCCCCAAAAUCUUACUAUCCCUCAACCUUCCCCGUGACCUAGUCUGGCAGACCAUUACCUUGCUUGGACAGCAGCAUACGGCCAGUUCCAGACAGUCUGACUUUUUGAGCUGCGCUCAACAGCAUAGCCAGCUGCUUCUACAGUUGCUCUGGGCCCGUAUUCUUUGCUCCUCAAAAUAUCACAACAUACCUCUUGCCCAGCCACCUCCUCCCAUGGCCCACCUCACCCCCUCUGCCCCUCUUUCACUGAGGCCUCUUCUAAUGUCUUAAGUCAGCCAGGAGACACACACACACACCCUAAGGCCAGUGGGUAGCUGUUCAACAAACUGUGGAGAAAGGCCACGCUCUUCUCUGAGGUUAAAAGGAUGUUUAAAAUCAUCACACGCAUACCCCCAGCCUCACCUGUUUAAAGUCACCAUAUUGAACAGCAUAAUGAUGAUAGUCAUGAGUUGAUAGCAGAGAGGAUAACCGGCUCUAUUAUGGAGGAUCUAUCAGAGGAGGGAAGGGUUGAGUGGUCAUUAUCAAUAUCCAUAAGAAGAUGGGGAAGGGUCACACCUCAGAAUAGCAGAACUGAAGGGGCAGUCCCCUCUCCGGUUUCAUCUGACCCAAUACGAUCUGCACCCCUUUUUUGGCUUUUAGUAUCUAAGGGGCAGGUGUGGUUUUAAAAACAUGAGAAAGAGCCUCUACCCAUCCUUUGAUCCAUGUGUGAAGGUUUGUUACAUAGAUGGCAGAGGCAGACUCCACCAGCUGAGGACUUACCCGCUAACCCAGACUAGGGGGGUGAUCUCAAUAAGUGAUUUGUCCCUAAAGCUAGAGUUUGAGGUAGCAGCUCUGCUGGAGAUGCUCACCGGGGUGCAAGAAGCCCUGGCCAAGCCCAAGUCUUGCCUACACUCGACCUGGCUUCUUCUGCUUUCACACUACGGAGCCGCACCUUAUGCCCAAUGGUCCCUGUGAUUGGUAGUUUGUCUGAGAGCAACCCUGUCUUCUCCUUUUUAAAGGUGAUGUUGCCUAGGUACAGCCAACAGGUUCUUCUAGACCUCACUGAGAUAGGGCCACCUGGGCAGCCAGUGGCAAGAAUCAGUUGUGAGAUGUUAGCCUGAGGUGGGUCCCUACCCAGAUGCCGUAGACCCCUGACUCUGUGUGCACUUAGAAGCAAACUUCUCUGGAAAGGACAGGGUGGGGCGGGGCGCUUAGACUGUGCCAUGGGUUCCAGAACCUGAAAUCCACAAAAGCCAAACCAGCUUGUUUCACCCAGGGAGAGCCACCUACGGAGCAAGCCUGCCCUUGCCUAGGGCUCUUGGGAAGUACCUGCGUGCGAGCACCGGCAUGCCUCUAUAGAGGGCCCUCAGCAUGAAGCAAGCAUGAAUGAUGGCUAACCUGACCAAUAAAGUUAUUUUAUAAGUGCAU